ACGGAGAGGCGCGACAACCACAGAGAGAAGAGGAGGAGGAGGCGGCGGCGGCGGCUGCUGCUGCAGGAUGCAGACUCCAUGGGGCUGCUGUGGCUCCUCUCCUUCAUGCAUUCCGCCUUCUUCGGGGAGGAGGUGCUGGAGGAGUUGAAGAUGUCUGGCUCCAUUGCCUCUUAUGACCAGCUGGUACACCAGGUGGAGGUCUUGAAGAAAGAGAACACUCAUCUCCGCCGGGAGCUGGAAGACAACUCCAGCCACCUGUCCAAGCUGGAGAAUGAGACUUCGGACAUGAAGGUCGUCCUGAAGCAUCUCCAGAGUAAGCUGGAGCAAGAGGCCAGAAUCAUGGUGUCUUCAGGAAGGAUGGAGAUGCUGGAACAGCUGGAAGCCUUGCAGAUGGACAUCGCCAGCCUCUACAACCUCAAGUUCCAUUCUCCAGCUCUGGCCCCGGAGCCAGCCAGCCCGGGCCCGAGUCCCAAGAGGAGCCCCCCGCCCGGCGCCGGGCCAGCCAAAAAGGACAGUCUCGGGGAGCUGAGCAGGGCCACGGUCCGCCUGCUGCAGGAGCUGGACAAGGAGAGGUGCUUUCUGUUGAGCGAGAUCGAGAAGGAGGAGAAGGAGAAGCUGUGGUAUUACACUCAGCUACAGAGUCUCUCCAAGCGCCUGGAUGAGCUACCUCACGUGGAGACGUUUUCCAUGCAGAUGGACCUGAUCCGCCAGCAGCUGGAGUUUGAAGCCCAGCACAUCCGCUCGCUGAUGGAGGAGCGGUUUGGGACCACUGACGAGAUGGUGCAGAGGGCUCAGAUCCGGGCUUCUCGCCUGGAGCAGAUCGAUAAGGAACUCCUGGAGGCCCAGGACCGAGUGCACCAUGUGGAGCCCCAGACCCAGCCGAGUGGGAAGCCGGCCUGCCCAGAAGGGGAUGGGGAGGUGGAGGCCCCGACUCAUCCAGAGGAUGGGGGCAGCCAGCUUGGAAACAGCAAGGUGGAGGUGGUGUUCUGGCUGUUGUCCAUGCUCGCCACCCGGGACAAGGAGGACAUGGCACGGACGCUGCUGGCCAUGUCUAGCUCCCAGGAGAGCUGCCUGGCCAUGCGCAAGUCGGGCUGCCUGCCGCUCCUGGUCCAGAUCCUGCACGAUGCUGACCGCCAGCCGGGCCCGGCUGCUGGGGGCGGCAAGGACGCUCGCAUGCGAGCCAACGCCGCGCUCCACAACAUCAUCUUCUCGCAGCCUGACGAGGGCCAGGCCAAGAAGGAGAUGCGCGUGCUGCACGUGCUGGAGCAGAUCCGCUCCUACUCAGAGACCUGCUGGGACUGGCUGCAGAUGCAGGGCCAGGACGUGGGCAGGGGCCCUGAGGGCGGCGCGGCCCCUGUUCCCAUAGAACCACAAAUCUGCCAGGCUACCUGUGCAGUGAUGAAGCUGUCAUUUGACGAGGAAUACCGACGGGCCAUGAACGAACUGGGUGGGCUGCAGGCCGUGGCGGAGUUGCUGCAGGUGGACUAUGAGAUGCACCGAAUGACCAGUGACCCCCUGAACCUGGCACUGCGCCGCUAUGCUGGCAUGGCCCUCACCAACCUCACCUUCGGGGAUGUUGUCAACAAGGCGACGCUGUGUGCCCGACGGGGCUGUAUGCAGGCCAUAGUGGCCCAGCUGACCUCGGAGAGUGAAGAGCUCCAUCAGGUGGUAUCCAGCAUCCUCCGGAACCUAUCUUGGAGAGCGGACAUCAACAGCAAGAAGAUCCUGAGGGAGGUGGGCAGCAUGACUGGGUUGAUGCAGUGCGCCCUGCGGGCCUCCAAGGAGUCCACGCUGAAGAGCGUCCUGAGUGCCCUGUGGAACCUGUCAGCCCACAGCACGGAGAAUAAGGCAGCCAUCUGCCUGGUGGAGGGGGCCCUGGGCUUCCUGGUCAGCACGCUCACCUACAAGUGCCAGAGCAACUCGCUGGCCAUCAUCGAGAGCGGCGGUGGUAUCCUCCGCAAUGUCUCCAGUCUGAUUGCCACGCGCGAGGACUACAGGCAGGUGCUCCGGGACCACAACUGUCUGCAGACGCUGCUGCAGCACCUCAAGUCGCACAGCCUGACCAUCGUCAGCAACGCUUGCGGGACCCUGUGGAACCUGUCGGCCCGCAGCGCCCGAGAUCAGGAGCUGCUGUGGGAUCUGGGGGCCGUGAGCAUGCUCCGCAACCUGAUCCACUCGAAGCACAAGAUGAUCGCCAUGGGCAGCGCGGCGGCCCUGCGCAACCUGCUGAGCCAUCGGCCCCUCAAGUACAAGGACGCGGCGGCCGUCGUGUCCCCGGGCUCUUGCAUGCCCAGCCUCUACGUGCGCAAGCAGAAGGCGCUGGAGGCCGAGCUGGAUGCCAAGCACCUGGCCGAGGCCCUGGACACCCUGGAGGGGCAGAGCCUCAAGGGCCAGCCCGCCAAGAAGCCCCUGCGCCACCUGGACAGCCUGGUCCGGGACUACGCCUCCGACUCGGGCUGCUUCGACGACGACGAGGGGCCCAGCUCGGCCCCCGGAGUGGAGGCCACCAACCCGUCUGUCUUGUCCAUGUUCCUCAACUCCUCCUUCCUGCAGGGCCAGGCGCUGGCCCGGGGCCCCGCCCCGCGUCGGGGACCCGAGCCGGAGAGAGACGACAGCGGCGGCCCUCCGGCCCGCGGGGGCGCCGGCCCCCCGAAGGCGGAGGCCCCGAAGGCGGAGGCCGGAGCGGCGCCACCGGCCAGCAAGCCGGCGGGGGCCGCGGCCAAGGUGGACAAGCCGGCCGAGGACGUCUCGGCCCCGCACACGUCGUCCGACGACAGCUUCAGCCUCAGCUCCGGGGAUCCGGGGCUCGACUGGGCCUUCGCCCCCGAGGGCCGGCGGGAGGCCCGGGCCCAGUCGUGCUCCCCGUGCCGGCUCCCCGAGCCCCGGCGGGAGGCGCCCGGCCGCGGGGGCCACCCGCUGCUGCGGCUCAAGGCCACCUACGCCAGCCUGUCCAACGACAGCCUCAACAGCGGCAGCACCAGCGACGGCUACUGCCCUAGGGAGCUCAUGCGGCCCUGCCCCCGGGCCCCCUUCGCCGACUACCGGGAGGAGCUGCAGCGCUACCAGCAGCGGCCCAGCCGGCUCGACCUCAAGGGGGUCCUGGCCGGCCGGCUGGACAAGGCCGAGCCGGCCGGCCGGGAGCAGCACCGGGCCGUCCAGAGGCUGGGGGCCGGCCCCGGCGGCGGGGAGCGGGAGGGCGGGCUGACGGCUGCCCCCCCUCAGGUCCACACCAUCAAGCUGUCCCCCUCCUACCAGCACAUCCCGCUGCUGGAGGGGAUGGCCAAGGCUGGCAGGCGGCAGGCCUGGCCGCCCGGGCCGCUGCCGCCGGGCCCCGGGGGGCCGAGCAAGGUGCCAGCCAGGCUGGCGCCCCCGGCAGGCCCGCCGGCCCACGCCGAGACCCUGCAGAGGUACUCGGUGGAGGACACCCCCAUCUGCUUCUCCCGCUGCAGCUCCCUGUCGUCCCUCUCCUCGGCCGACCACGCUCUCAGCCACAGCGAGGACCCCGGCCUGGACAGCGACUCGUCCCUGGAGAUCUUGGACGAGGACGAAGGCGAGGAGGAGGAGCGGGACGACGACGAGGAGUGCGACGACGAGGAGGAGAGAUGGAGGCCCCCGGGCGCCGCCUCCCUGCCCGUGGCCAUCCCCGCCCGGAGGCUCGAGAAGAGCCAGGGCCGCGGGGCCGCCUCGGCCUCCCCGCCCCGCCCCGAGGACCGAACGCCCUCCAGCUCGUCAGAGAACUACGUCCAGGAGACGCCCCUGGUCAUGAGCCGCUGCAGCUCGGUCAGCUCGCUGGGCAGCUUCGAGAGCCCGUCCAUCGCCAGCUCCAUCCAGAGCGACCCGUGCAGCGAGAUGAUCAGCGGCACCGUCAGCCCCAGCGAGCUGCCCGACAGCCCCGGCCAGACCAUGCCCCCCAGCCGGAGCAAGACCCCGCUGCCCGAGCCCUGCGCCCCGCCCGAGCGGGAGGCCAGCCAGUUCAACCUCCAAUGGGAGAACAACGUGAAGAAAUUCAUGGAGAUCACCGACUUCAAGGAGCGGUUCCAGCUGCCGCCCGACCUGGACUCCAUGAUCUACUUCACCGUGGAGAAGCCCGUGGAGAACUUCUCCUGCGCUUCCAGCCUGAGCGCCCUGCCCCUCCACGAGCACUACAUUCAGAAGGACGUGGAGCUCAAGCUGAUGCCGCCCUUCUCCGAGCGGGGCGGGCUCCACUUUGCCGGCCACGGCAAGCGGGAGGAGCUGGAGCGGGCGGAGGCCGGCGGGGGCUGGGGCCGGCCCGACCCCCGCUCGGAGGAUGAGCUGGACAUCCUCAAGGAGUGCAUCAGCUCCGCCAUGCCCUCCCGCUUCCGCAAGGCCCAGGCCAAGCAGAAGGCCCGGCCCGUGCCCGUCUACAUGCUGGUGCCUGCCCACGUUCCCCCGAGCCAGGCCGAGGCCCCGCGGCCCAGCCGGGAGCCGGCCAAGGACGAGGACUCCUUCACCGACUCGGCCGAGGGGACGCCGGUCAACUUCUCCAGCGCCGCCUCGCUCAGCGACGAGACCCUGCACGACCCGUCCAGGGCCCCGCCCCGGGCCCCGCCCCAGGACCGUCAGGGAGGCCAGGGCCCGCCGGGGCCCCGGCAGGCCUGGGGGACGGCCGAGCCCGCGGCCGGCAAGCGGGGCCCGGCCGGCCACUCCACCCCUGCCAAGGGGCCCGCCGCCUCCCGCAGGCCCCAGGGGGGCGGGGGGCCCCGGGCGCCGGGAAGGGGUCCGGCCCCGGAAGCCGCCCCCCGGGGACCCCCGAAGGACAGGCCCCGCCUGGAGCUGACGGGCAGCCGGCCCGCCGGUGGCGGCCACCCCCGGGGAGCCGGGCCCCGCCAGGAUGGGGGCCGCGGAGAGGUGGCCUUCCAGUCCCUGUGCCACACCACGCCCACCGAGGAGGCCGUCUACUGCUUCUACGAGAAUGACUCGGACGAGGCCCCGCGGGCUCUGAUCGGGAAGGUGCCCGGCCUCCCCCGGCCUUCCAAAAAGGAGCGCCGGCCGGCCAAGAAGGAGGCAGAGCCCGGGGCCAAGCCCCCACCGGGCCGGAGCCGGACCCCCGCCCGGCUCCAGCACAACUCGAUCGUGGACGAGACUCCGCCCUGCUACUCCCUGAGCUCCUCUCUCAGCUCCCUGAGCGAUCUGGACCUCUCAGAACAGGGCGGGGCCCAGCCAGCCCCCAAGGCUCCCCGGAUCCGCCCCCGGGGGCCCGAGCCCCUGGCCGGCCCCCCGAGCUCACCGAGCGUCAACUCGGAGGAGGAGGGCCUCCAGCCGCGGGGCCCGGGGUCAGCCGCGCCCCGCCGGCGGCGCCCCUCCGCUCGGCGCCGCAAGCCCAAAGCGGUUGGCCCCAAGGAGCGGGGGCCGCCAGAGCCCAGGAGGGAGCCGGGCGAAGAGCCCGGGUCGGACCGGGCCUCGGAUCUGGACAGCGUCGAGUGGAAGGCCAUCCAGGAGGGCGCCAACUCCAUCGUGACAUGGCUGCACCAGGCAGCCGCCUCCUUCUCGCGGGAGCCUUCCUCCGAGUCCGACUCCAUCCUGUCCUUCGUGUCGGGGCUGUCUGUGGGCUCCACCUUGCAGCCAAGCCGGGACCGGAAGGAGCCGGAGAGAGGGGAGCGGGCCGCCCACGGGCAGGCCAAGAGGGAGCCGGCCGCCGUCGGUCCGGGGGGCAGGAAGGUCGUGGCCGAGCGGCCCUCCGAUGCCCGGGCCCCCCGGGCCCCGGAGAAACCCCCGGCCGCCCAGAAAACUCUCUCCGGCCUGCCGGUGGUGUUCCGCGGCCGGACCGUCAUCUACAUGCCCAGCCUGCCCAAGGACUCGGCCAGCCCCCGUUCCACCCCCAAGAAGACAGAGCCGAAGGUGGAACCCCCAGCCAAGCCCCUCGCCCCUGCCAACCAACAGCGCUCUCGCAGCCUCCACCGGCUGGGCAAAAUCUCCGAGCUGACGGAUCUGACCCUCCCGAAAAGGAGCGCCACGCCCCCUGCCCAGAUCCCCAAGGCCCCCUCCUCGGGGUCCUCCCGUCCCUCACCCCCCUCCCGGCCCCCGCCCAAGAAGUCGUCGCCCCCGCCGCCGCCACCGCCAGCCCAGCUCGGCAAGCCGCCGCCGGCUCCCGGCCCGAAGGCGGGGGCCGCCUCGCCCUCGCCUCCGGCUCCCGGCCCGAAGGCGGGGGCCGCCUCGCCCUCGCCCCCGGCCCGAGCCCCCGGGAAGAUGCCGGGCCCCAAGCAGCCCAAGACUCAGAAGUCCCCAGUGCGCAUCCCCUUCAUGCAGAAGCCGGUCAGGAAGACGUUCCCAGCCAAAGGCCCCAUGCCCAUCCUGGAGGAGCAGGGCCCCGGGCUCAAGCCAGCCGCCGGGGCCCCCACGGGCAUCCCACAGAGCAGCCGGCUCAACCUGGUGCGCACCGCCUCGGCCCGCUCCAGCGGGAGCGAGUCGGACCGCUCGGGCUUCUUGCGUCAGCUGACCUUCAUCAAGGAGUCCUCCGGCCUCCUGCGCCGCCACCGCUCGGAGCUCUCCUCCUCCGAGUCCGGCUCCUCCCUGUCCCGCAGUCACUCCCCAGGGGCCUGCCGGGCCCGGCCCGGCCUCCCGGCUGUUUUCUUAUGCUCCUCCCGCUGCCAGGAGCUCAAGGCAGACCAGCCGGGGGUGGCAAGGCCGGGCCAGCGCCCCGCCGCGCCCAGGGGGCCCCCUGGCCCGCGAGCCUCCACGGGGGCCCGCCCCCCCAGGCGGACCAGCUCCGAGAGCCCGUCCCGCCUCCCCGUGAAGACCCACCCCCCCGCACUCGAGCCCUUCAAACGGUACUCCUCCUCACCCCAAAUCAACGUGGUCAAGAGGACCGGGAGUCCUUCCCCUACCCUCUCACCCUGCUCCGAGGCGGGGGGCAGAAGGAGGAGGAGGAGAAGGGGAGCGGAGGAGGAGGAGGAGGAGGAGGAGAAAGAGGAAAAGGAGGAGGUGGAGGUGGAGGCAGAGGAGGAAGAAAAGAGCGCCUGGUCUUCUCCAGCAGUGGUGGCGGCCGGAGAGGGGCCCGGGGAGCAGCUGAUGAUGAUGAAGGGGACAUGGCGGCGGAUCCGGGAUGAAGACAUCCCCCACAUCUUGAAGAGCACCCUUCCCCCUACCGCUCUCCCCCUGGUUGGCCCAGCAGGAGAAGGCGGCGGCGGCAGCGGCGGCCCACUGAGGAAGACCAGCGAUGCCGUGGUCCAGACCGAGGACUUCUCAGCCUCCAAGACCAACUCCAGCACCUCCCCGACCCUGGAGAGCCGCGAGCCCCCCGCGGCCCCGUUCCCCGCCUCGGCCCCCUUCUUGGGCAGCGACGUGGAUGGCCCGGCCAAGCCCGUGCCUGCCGUCUCCUUCGCCCACGAGGGCCCCAUGGGUCCCGCUGGAGGCUUCCCCGCCAGCCGACAUGGCUCCCCGAGCCGGGCUGCCCGGGUGACCCCCUUCAAUUAUGUGCCCAGUCCCAUGGUAGUGCCGGCUGUGAGCGACAAGCCCUUAGAGAAAGCUGGUGGGCUCCUGGACUAGCUCCCCACAUCCUCAGCUCUGCUGCCCCCACUCCCACCGCUGCCGCUGUCUUGCCUGCCAGGACUUAACGCUGCCCGGCCACUGGUACCCUAGAACUAAGGAGAAGCCGCUUUCAGAUUUCACGCUUAAGAGAAACUUCUGCUCCAGUCGGGCUGGGCCUAGGCCUAGGGCAGCCUCUGGGUCGGUGAACGCCAGGAUCGCGUGGAGGGUGCUGGGCAAUGCCCGUUCCGGAGCCCGGGGCCUGAACUGUUUAAUAGGGGUCUGGCGGGAGGUAGAGAGCCAUGCGAGGGCUCGCCUGCCUCUCUCCCCUUCUCCAUCCUCUUCCCUCCCCUUUCUCUGUCUGCUGCCCCUUCCUCCACCCAUCUGACUCCGGCCCAGCUACUUGGAAAUUCGACUUUUCCAGGGGAAUAGGAGGGGCAGCAGACGAGAUUCCUCCCCGACCCAAGUGGAGGGUGACCAGACUGAAGGGGGCAUCGUGGGUGACUGUAGGGCGGUGACAAUCACCCUUUCCCUAGGGGACAAGAAGAAUCCAAGUGAAUCCAUCCGAAAGCCUUCCCCAGCAGCACGCGCAUUGGGUGGGUUUGGAGGAUUUGCCGGGGAGGAGGGGUGUCUCCAAAAAGCACAGAAGACAGUCCGUUACCCCGGUAGCCAGCCUUAAUCUAAGGGUCUGCUGCAUGCUUCGCCUGGCAGCGUGGCACAAAGCCCCAAGAGAUAAAGAUCCCAAUGGUCGAUCGGCCAAUUGGUCGGGGGAGUUGUGGGGAGAGACUCCGCCAGCCGGAGGGGAGAGGUGCGGCCCACGGGCGGGCGUGGAGGGGGACGGGGAGGGAGACCCCGCCAGAUAUUUGCGAUAGGAUCUGUCAGGGACAGGGCCAAAAGCCUGCAAUUAUUGUGACCUGUUAAUUUGCUAAUGACUACUUUUCCACGUUGUUUGCAUUAUGUAAACCAGCUGGGGAGAUGACGGGGGACAGCACCUUAUUACUGGGAAGGGAGAGAGAAGGAGAGGAAAGAGAAAGGAGAAGGAAAGAGGACAAAGAAGAAAAAGAAAGGAGAAUUGGGCUGGGGAGGGCUUCUUGGAGACUAGUUUCCCAGUUUCCUCCAGAAGGCUGAACGGGGGGAGUAGGGUUGAACAGGCUUCAGAAGGGGGAGAGAUGAGAGGGUUGUGUUUAAGGAGACCUUGGAGGGGAGCUGGCUGAUGUGAGAGGGGGAGGGUAAGGGAUACUUCAAGUUUUUCUGCUUUUAAUGAACACAGGAGAGACUAUUUCUUGACCCCCCCCCCCCCAAAAUCCUGGUUUGGGAAUGCCCGGGCCACCUGCCUCCCUCUUCUGCCUCAUCCAGGAAGCCAUGAGGGGACCCGGUGACCCAAGGAAAUGGGUAGGCUGCUCUCUGGCUUCCAGUUGGGGGGCAACUUAAGCUGAAACAAAGACCUGGCUCAGGCCCCCUCUUUGGGGUUGAAAUCCACGGCCACCAGCAUUUCUAGCUUCCAAUGGACCCUGCUGAGUUUUAGCAUGUGCGGAACAGGAGGAGGAGGCAAGAUUGAGAUAAUAAGGAAAUGAGUUUAAAUUGCAGCAAGAGGGAGCUGGGUUAGACGCAAGGAAGACCUUCCCACAUGCCUGCAGAUGGGGAGAAUCAAAGCUAGUGAAACAGGUCCUGGAAGGAAACUGGAGUUUCUGUCUUUGGUGAUUGUUAACCAUAGGGCAGACAGCCAUCUGUCCUAGGUGUGCUAAGCCUGGAAGCAGGGGGAUGGGCUGGGUGACCUCUUGGGGUCCUUCCCAGUUCUAAGUUUCUUGGCUCUCUGGGAUGGGGGGAAGUCCUGAAAACACAGGUGCUCCCCGAGAGGGAGAAAGAGAAAGAAUAAGGAAUGUAGUAGUAGGGGAAAGAGAAAUAGAGUGCCUUGUUGGCCCUUCAUGAUUAACAUGUUGGGGAAUUAUGAGCUGUGGUGACUCACCCACUAGGAACUGGGUUGAGGCCACAGUCAACGAGGCCCAGGCUUCCCUUUCCAUUUUCUGACUGCAUUUUGAUCCCAAUCUUUCCCUUCUCCUCACUUCUUUCUCUAGCUCUCUCCUGAAGCUCCCCAGUAGGUGGAAUGUCCCUGUGCCCAAGUGCAAUAUUUCCCAUUUUGGAUAAAACCAAAAGACAGCUCAGCUCCGUGGUCCAUCCAGCCCGGGACACUGUCUCUGACAGUGGCACUAGGGCCCUUGGAGAGACCGUGUGACAGCGGCCCUCCCGAACACCCAUUCUUGUGGCUGGGGAUGAGCCACCUGACACCCUCGCUUUUCCCUUGACAUCCCUAACUCUCCUUCUAGUGGCUCAGUAGGGACUGCUCUUCUGUAAAUGUCUGAUGGUUUUAUUCCUCCGCUCUCAAAUCCAGGAUGCCCCAAGGGCCACUGACUCCCUCAAGUAGGGAGGAUUCUGCUGACCCAGGAAAACUGUAGAUGGCUGUCGUCAACAGCCCCCAGCUGCCCCUCUCCAAUGGCUGACAGACAGCAGAGGCCUGGCCAGGAAGCUUAAUUUCAUUCACUUGAUGCUACAGGGAGGAUGCAGUUGGCUGCAAAUUGAGGAAAGGAGAACUCUUUCAAGGAGCUGGAGAAGAUCUUUAUUGUCAUUGGUUAGGUGACGCCAGCCAGGGCAUGCCCCAGGAAUUGCCGACUCUCUAUAGGGGCCAGCUCUGUGGGGGUGAUGGGGAUUGGUGCCAUCUCCCCAACUCUUUUUCCGGCUGGGGGUAAAGCCGCUGUUCCCGGCCCUGGGGCUCUCCGGGCCGGACACCUAGCCUUGCUUUCCCGGGGCUUCCACGAGACCCCAAAGCUUCUGAGCAGGACUGGAAAAGCCCCAGAGAGGGUCUCUCUGACCUGUUGGCUCGCCACAGCCUGCCCACCCCUCUCCUGCUUGCUGCCCUUGAAAACCCCCUUUCCCUCCCCUGAACUUAGCGUCCUCCUCUUCCAUAUGGACGUUGGAGUCCAUCUAACCGUAUUUCUUGUCUCCCUUAUGCCAACUCCCACCUAAUGCCACUACUUGCCCAGUCCAGUUGGCCAGGACAAGCCUCCUCUUUGGCCAUCACUGUUGGAGGCGGUCCCUGGGGUGAGGAGGGGUUCUCUGGGGAGAUCUGGAUGCCCCCAUGUCCCAAGCUAGGGCCCCCAUGGCACCCAGGGUUUUCACGUGGCAAGGGGUCAGGGAACAGCAAGGGGAUCUUACUUCCUGGAGAUGUCCCUCUUCCAAGUCACUGUGGUUUCAAAGAGAAGAUACGGUGGGUUGGCGUUUGUUCUGUCCAGAAUGUGACUAGCUAGAAAUAGGAGAAAAACUGUAUCCAGGCCGCCAGACUCCAAAGGGGUGAUGGAGGAAGGGAAGGCAAAGAGGGGGACCCAAGGGUGCUCAGGCUGGGGAACACACCCAUCCACCCACCAGCUGGUAAGGGAAAGGGGCAGCAGUGGAGUGAGGCUGGUAGGGAAAGGCUGGCAAGUCAAAGUUCUGGGGUCUGGAGUCUGAGGGGAUAAGUGCAGAAUUCUGCCCAGCCACCGCUGCCCGCCACAACACACACAAACCCACCAAAUCACUGUCUCUUUGCACCUGUGUGUGCCUCAGUCUCCCUGAGCUAGGAAGGCAGGAGAGAUAUCUACUGGACCUACCUCACCUGGGGUUGGGGGAAGAAGGGGAAGAAUGGAGGCAGUCAGCUGACCCUAAGGGGCAGGGGGAGGGGAGGGGCUUCCCUCUGUUUAAAUUGCCUGUGCAUCAGCAUGAAUAAUAAUAGUAAUAAUAAUUGUGGUAUUUGUUAAGCGCUUCCUAUGUACCAAGCACUGUACUAAGCGCUAGUGUAGAUACAAUACAAUCAGAUUGGAUAUAGUCCCUGUUCCACAUGGGGCUCACAGUCUAGGAGGGAAUCCCUUCAUUUCUCUGUUAGACGAAGUAACAGAAAAAUUAAGGGACUCCCCCAAGGUCACACAGCAGGCAAGUAGCAGAAACAGAAUUAGAACCCAGGUCCUUUGACUCCCGGGCCCGUGUUCUUUCCAAAAGGUCAUGCUGCUUCUGAACUCAAUUCCUACCCUCCUGUGCUCCUCUGGGAUUUUGACUUGAGGUAGCAGGAGCCAUCUGAGACUCAGGGGAGACCCCUCUCCUUUUUCUCCACCCCCCGCCCCCAACCGCAGGGCCAAUAAUCUGGGAAACAGAUGAGGAAACAGGUCAUUUUCCAGCUUCUUGCUUUAGGUUUCUAUGCUGGAAAAGGUAUGGGGAUCCUACAGAGGGGAAUGGGGAAUGCUGUUGAGCCCCGACCACUGCCAGGGACCCAGAGAGGAGUGCAAUAUUGUAGAGUCGGGAAAUCGGACACAGAACCCAGGAGACAUUUUUCCCCACCUCCCCAUUUCUUUUUUACCUGAUUGGCCCAGAGGCCGGGACCCCACCUGUGGCUGGGUAGAGAUUGAGGCUGGGUGAACAGGGCCGAGAUGCUCCUGGGGUUUGCUGGGAUUCAGGGGCUCGGGGAGCCACUCAGCUUCCUUCCGAUUCCAUGGCACACGAGGAACCCGUCACCUUCUGCCCACCGACAGGCCCACUCCAACCUGCCCUGCAGGGGCACCAGGCAUCCCCUACCCCUGUUCUGGCUGUAGGCCAUCUGGGAUGGGAAAAGUAGGAAUCUCACAUCCCAAAUAUGGCAGCAUUCCCAAAGGGCUUCAGUCUGAUCCCAGAGUGUGCACUAGCUCUGUGGGGGUGCCAGAAGCCAGUCCCCCCACCUCCACCCUAGGUUCCCAGGUUGGGGUGAAGCCACUGUUCCCAUCCCCAUGGCCUUGCUCUCCCAGGGGGCUCCCAGGAGACCCCGGAGCUCCAGAGGGGGUCUGGAAAGACCCAGAUGAGGUCUCACCUGUUAGUUCUGUACAGCCUGCCUGGUCCGCCUUGCCUCUUAAGGAAAAGUUGGCACCUUAGAGAAUGAGAGCUCUAGUGGGUUUUGGGGAGAGCAGAGAAGUGGACACAAAAUGGAUCUUGUCCUCUUCUGACCAACUCCUCUUCAGCAGGAUCCACGGUGGGGGCCUUGAAGAAACCUGGAACUCCCAUGCCUUAGAGAAACCAUCCCCAUGGUAAAAAAAAUAUGCCACCUCUCUCCAAACCAUCCCCUCAAUAGUGUAUUUAAUUCAGGGUCACACACACACAAAACCUGUAGCAACAGGGAAUUGAUGCUCACAUGUGAACAUUACCUCACAUCUCCACUCCCACAGCACGUGGGUGUUCAAAACCACCCCAGCCUACUCCAUGGCUUCUUAGUUCCCAUCUCCCCCUCAUUCAGUCUGUCUCCCAUGGCCCACUGCCUCUGAGGACACGUGCUGCCCUUGACCAUCAGCCUCCUCCUGUCAUUUGCAAGUAGUUUAUGGCCCAUUGCCCUCUCCCAUCCCCCUACCCUGUUAUUAAGGAUGUAAUUUCACUGGGACUCUGGACAGUAUUAAAAUGAAACGUGUACAUACUAAGUGUUCCCCUUUUUUCCACUUAUUAAAAAAGGCCAUCUGUCGGUUGAAAGCUGAGAAAGGCAAAACCUUAUUAAUAAACAGAGCUGUUGCAUUGCGCCUGGAGCUGA